GAUGGUGAGCUUAUUGGAGCUGCUCCUCUCGCUCCUUCUCGUCUCUCUCUUUCUAAACCCUAAACUCCUCCUCUGUCUCUCUCUCACAUGGAGCACCAGUUGCAGAAAAUUGCAAUAUCUGGACCGACUCUAACAUCGUUGCUUCAACGGUUUAGCGCAUCACCAGCGGAUAUCGACGGCUUGCUCUUUGGCCGCGUGACUCUCGUAACCCCUACCCUCACCGACGACUCUGCCUCCGCUUCCUCCGAUCAUCCUCACCUCAUCGCAACCAUCACUUCUUUCCUCUCAUUUAAUUCCGCUCUAUCCUUUUACGAUCCGCUCGGCAACCUCCGCCUUGGACCUAAUCAAUACCAAAACCUCCUCGGCUGGUUCUCCGCGCGCCGCAGAUCCGCUCUCCGUCCGUCCAUGCGCGAACUCUCCGUAUCCUCCUCGCUAUCGAAAUCCUCCAAUUACAACAGCGCAGCGUCCGCCAACGACAUCAACACAAGUUAUGGUAAUUUCUCGCCGUGUAUUUUCCUUUUGGUUGCUACGCCGGUUCAAGAGUCAUUAAUUCAUACGCACGAUUACCGCGCGUACCAGUUCGUGGCGUCGACGUCGUUCGAGGCGAAAUCCGUGGAAGUGGUGAAUAUUGGGCCUGCGUUCCGGGGGCAUUACGGAAAUUUCAGUCCUACCUCUCCGUUGCCAGUGCUAAGCUGUGAAAUGAGGGGAUCUUCGAUGAUGAUGACUGAGGAGGAGAGCUCGAGGGAGUCAAAGGAGGCGACGAGGGACCAGAGGCAGCUGAAUAAGUGUGCGGAGGGUUUUGAAGUCCGGAGAUUGAGGCAGUUGCUCGGAUCUGAAUCUACGAGUUACACGGCCGGAUUGGAAGAUAUGUACGAGAAGAUGUUGGCCAAGAUCGAAAGCUUGGCAAGGCAGGUCGAGACUAGCUCAGCCAAAGUUCUUGAGCAGGAAAAUCUCAACAGGAAGUUGAGGUAUAAAGUCAUCAGGGCAGGACUAGAAUGAUUGGUGUUUCUGCCCUCAUGUCAGUUCCUCUUCUUUCUUCAGGAUUCUUUUGAGAACCGGGAAGUGCUUGUAGCACGGACAUUGAGUAUCCGAUUUGCAUGAAGCUUGGCUUGGAUUGGCGCUUCAUUCAAUUGGAUUUUUUUUUGAGGACUCUGAGACGGUGGUGGCUCAGUGCUGCCUCAAUUUAGGUGAAUGUGUACAGGCCACGUUGUCAUGUAAGUAAGGUUUGUCCGCUCUGUUAUGAAAAUGAAAGUAUCAUCACUGUCAUGUCCUAUUGUGCUUUUACGUUUCCUCUUAAAUUGUGCUGAUACCAACUCCGUUCGAGUGUUAUGGCGGACAGCACAGACUAGAAUGUGGAUUCUAGUUCUGAAAUUGUGGGAUUUGGAAAAGGGAUGUUCGCCAAUGAUGUCCUGUUUCUAUUCUGACUGUAUUAAUUCAACUGCUCUCUUCUUGCAUGAACAUAAUGAUAUUUAUGUAUAAGCAUGAUGGACACAAUACUAUUUGAUUAAGUCGUCUUUGAGUUUUGGUGUACCA